AGCAGCUGACGGGAGAUAGCUUUAGCAAUACAUGACGGUCACCUGACAGAAACAAAUUUGUGAUGCAUGCGCCUGUCUGAUAGCCAUAAUCACAUGGGCAGCUUAAUAGAAAUAUGUAUUAAUACGUAAAUAUUUGUAUUAAUACGUAAACCUUUUCUAACUAUAAGGGGGUAUUCAGGAAACGUUAAAAAAUUGUUGUUUUGACUGCCAGAGAGGAUGUACGUUAUCAUCACUGGAGACGACUAGUGGCUAACGCGACUAGCUAGCUAAAUCAAUGCUCUCCUUUUGUCUCUGAUGGAUUGUGACUGUUCGGAGAAAACAGAAAAGAAGAUGCCUCCGUCUGCGGCUGUCAUCAGUGGGAUCCAGAGGAUGGUUCUGUAUGAAACCAGAGCUAGGUAUUUUUUGGUGGGGAGCAAUCAGGCACAGACCAAACACAGAGUUCUGAAGAUUGACCGCACAGAACCCAAGGAUCUGGUCAUAAUAGACGAUAAGCAUGUGUACAGCCAGCAAGAAGUCCAUGAAUUGCUGGGCCGCCUGGAUUUGGGCAACCGCACCAAAAUUGUCCAAAAGGGUUCCUCGGGUCUGUCCAGAGCUGUUUCAGCCUUUGGGAUUGUGGGAUUUGUUCGUUUCCUGGAGGGAUACUACAUUGUGUUGAUCACCAAGCGAAGAAAGAUGGCCGACAUCGGUGGCCACUCCAUCUACAAAAUUGAGGACACCAGCAUGAUCUACAUCCCAAAUGAUUCUGUCAGGGUCACACACCCCGAUGAAGCAAGAUAUGUGCGGAUCUUUCAGAAUGUGGACCUCUCCAGUAACUUCUACUUCAGCUACAGCUAUGACCUGAGCCACUCCCUGCAGUACAACCUGACUUUGCUGCAGAGGCCUUAUGAACAGUGGUUGUCGGCUGCGUCCUCCGCUGAGGAAGAGGUACACACAAAGAGUAUGCAGGACAGCUUUGACAUCUUUGAAGACGAGGGUUUGCCUACACAAGUUGUUUACGGCCUCCACAACGAGCCGUACUACAAAUACGUGUGGAACGGGAAGCUGCUGGAGCGAGUCAAGGACAUAGUGCAUCACGACUGGCUCAUGUAUAUAAUCCAUGGCUUUUGUGGCCAGUCCAAGCUUCUGAUCUACGGCCGACCGGUUCACAUCACCCUCAUUGCCAGGCGAUCCAGCAAAUUUGCCGGGACCCGCUUCCUCAAAAGAGGAGCCAACUGUGAGGGGGAUGUGGCUAAUGAGGUCGAGACAGAGCAGAUUGUCCAUGACGCCUCAGUUAUGUCUUUCACGGCAGGAAGUUACUCUUCAUACGUCCAGGUGCGAGGUUCAGUCCCACUCUACUGGUCCCAGGACAUUUCCACCAUGAUGCCAAAACCCCCGAUACGAUUGGACCAAGCGGACCCAUACGCACACAUAGCUGCCCUCCAUUUUGACCAGAUGCUGCAGCGGUUUGGCUCUCCGAUUAUCAUCCUCAACCUGGUCAAGAAGCGGGAGAAAAGGAAACACGAGAAGAUUCUGAGUGAAGAGCUCUAUCCAGCUGUGAUCAACCUAAACCAAUUCCUCCCUCCAGAGCACUGCAUCGAAUACAUUGCCUGGGACAUGGCUCGCUACACCAAGAGUAAAUUGUGCAACGUCCUUGACCGUCUGAGUAUGAUAGCGGAGAAUGUGGUGAAGCGAACAGGUUUCUUCAUUAAUCAAUCCAACUUCUACUGUCACACCCUCAGACCAGAUGACAGGUGGGGAGAUAUAGGUGGACAUAUCACAGCCAGUGGACGAGUUCAGACUGGUGUGUUACGGACCAACUGUGUGGACUGUCUGGACCGAACCAAUACUGCCCAGUUCAUGGUGGGGAAGUGUGCACUGGCCUAUCAGCUUUAUGCACUAGGAAUGAUUGACAAGCCCAAGCUGCAGUUUGAUACUGACUGUGUUCGGUUAUUUGAGGAGCUAUACGAAGACCAUGGAGACACACUGUCUCUGCAGUACGGCGGCUCCCAGCUGGUCCACAGGGUGAAGACCUACCGCAAGAUCGCUCCCUGGACUCAGCACUCCAAAGACAUCAUGCAGACGCUGUCGCGUUACUACAGCAAUGCUUUCUCAGAUGCCGACAGACAGGACGCCAUCAACCUGUUUCUUCAAGUCUACCAGCCAUCGGAGAUCAAACCGCACCUGUGGGAGCUGCCCACUGACUUCUACCUGCAUCAGAAGAGCACCAUGGCACUUCCCCAAGACAGACGCAGCUACACACUGUGGUGGUCAGAGGGGAUCCUGUCCUAUCUCCCUGUUGCCUAUGAUGAAGUCCCCUGUGAGGAAAACAUGAAGAAAGUCAAAGUGAAGAGAGUGAACCACUUUGAUGAGAGUACUGACAUGUACACCGAAUUCUUCAAACCUUACGAACUCACCUCCUUCGAUGACACUUUCGGCAUUGCCAUGACCAACUCUGCGAGGGAAUUUAUGCCCAAAACUGUUGGAGUUGAUCCGAGCCCAUUCACUGUUCGCAAGCCAGAGGAAACGGGAAAAUCAGUGCUUGGUAACAAGAGCAGUAAGGACGAGACGCUGCUCCAGAGGAAGACGGCAGCCAGCGCACCUCCACCCCCGAGUGAAGAGGCCAUCUCCAGCACGUCGGAGGACGACUCCGAGGAGGACCGCGACGAUGAAGGGGCUGUGUCCCAGCGCUCCACACCCAUCAAACUGCUCACAGAGUCUGGAGAGAGCACUCGCACACAGGAGGAGCAGCAGCAGCAGCAGACAGUCAAGGAGCCGUAUGGACUUAAUCUGGCCAAGUUUCCUACUGAAAAAGACCUGCUCAUUUACGAUAGGUUUGCACAUCUGGGUGAGAGCCAGCACAAAGUGGAGAGAACUGAACACAUAAAUGUGGCAAACAUCACCUGCUUAGAGCCGGUGUCCCGCUUCGCUGAGGACAGCAUCUACGCCGUCUCCCCCCCGCACGUCGACAGAGACAGCCGGGACGUGUUUGAGAGCCACAUGACGACGGGUCAGGGUCAGGUGAGGGCGCUGUGCAGGGACGACAUGCUGAUGUACAGGGAGUACGUCAAGAACAGAUACAUGUGAGACGUGAACUGGAUCUCUGUCAGUGAUAUGUGUGUUUCUAGGAUAAUCGGCUGUACUCCAGCACAACGUUCCCACUUAGAAGACUUGUAAAAGAAGGUGUUUUGCUUUCAAGAGUUUUUGACUACAAGACAUGCAUUUUGCUUCAACGACCCACAUCUUGAUUUUUUUCUCUUUCUUUCUGUUGAAUGAAGAGAAUAAUGAAGAUUGCCGUGCAUUAUCAACCCACAUGUCCUUUAUUUGUGAGUUUUAAUAGCUUCAAAGUUUUUUAUUUCAUUCAGACAUGCCUUAAACAGGCUGCCUAUACAGUCAGGGGCCAUUUUUUCCCAUUCAAAUCCAUUUUUAAUUACGAGUCUUUUAAGAAAGUUUAUUUAACUAAAUGCACCGUAUAUUUCAAAAAUGUCCAUUUUUUUUGUUAAGCAUUUUUUUAUCUUAAAUGUUGGAACCAAAACCAGACGGAUGGCCCAAUGACUGCACCCCAUAUGUGUUUUGAUUUUUGAUUUUUUUCUUUUCCUAUUUGUUAAAGUUUCAUGUCAUUCAAGCCUUUAAAAUGUCUUUUUAAAAACUCCUGACAGGGAUUUCUGUUCAUUUGUUUUUUAAUUGGUCAGACACAGCAGUCUUAAAAGUCACACACGUACUGCAAAUCUGCGGCCUGGUAAUUUUACUUUGUUUAAGAUAAGUCACUAUUUUUCUCGAAUCUCAUUUUGAACCGGCGGCGCUUUUGAUAAAACCUGAAUUGUUUGUUCAUGAGCGGACAAAACACCACUGAUUUACACUGAUUUUCUGUCGUAUGAAUGCAUUUCUGAGAUGUCAGCCACUUAUUGCGUGUAGUACUUCUAAAUUAAACAUUUAUUUAUUAACAUGGUGCAACCGAUCUGAUUGCUGUUGCCUUGAAGCAGUUUUCCCUCUUUGCUGUUCUUUGCUCUUUUGUACAUGCCGAAAUUGAAUAUUGUUCCUUUCAUGUGGCAUCUGUAAUUGUUGCCCCCCCCCCCCCACUGUCUGUCCUCAUUCUUUCAGUCCUUUUUCACCCAUUAUGUGCCUUUGUCACUUCUGUUCUAACGUGCUCACUUCUCUUUUCUCUCCUCUCUCACACUCUUUUUAAUGUCCGGCUUUCAACCGCAAGUGUCAAAAUAAUGUAAACGUGAUGUUUCUCUCCGUCUUUCCCUGAAAUGCACGUUCGCAUUCAGUCGGCGCACUGACUGACCACUGGUCUCUGCAUCUCUGCCUCGUGAGCCUGGGGGUGGAGGGGGGGAGUCAGAGGAGGGGUGCUGUUUCAGCAUGUGAGGUUUUGGAGAACGGCAGCAGGAUGAAAUAAAAUUAACCUCAAUGUAAUUAAAACCAUAUUAACUUUUAACUCCAUUUUCUUUAAUAUAUGAGAGUGCAUUAUAAAUUGAGUAUCUGAUAAUGACUGAAUCUGAUAAAGCCUCCCAGCUUGUACCAUCCUAUUGUCCUUUUGAUUCAUCUCCGGAUGCUUUCAUGGGUUUCUGGUAAUUCACAAAAUAACCACAUUUUUGUUUGCUAAAAAGAAUAAACAAGAAUAAGUAGAACAAGGGUGACAAGCUAAUACCUCCCGUUGUAAUGCUGCGAGUUACGUUUCUCAUUAUCCACAGUGAGAUGAAGAUCCUUCAUUACGCAAAUACUUUUUUUUUAAGCUGGUAAAUUAAAUUCAAGGUCUCAUACAAAGCUUGGGGCUGUUUUUUUUUUAAUCAAAAGAGUUUUAGUUUGUGAUUUUGCCUCGAGAUUUACUUAUCACAACGGUGAUGUGCCAUGAAUCUUUUAAGUAUUGGGACCCUGAAGGGCAAUAAAAGAUUUGCAGGUGAUUCUGGGAAAACCCAUCAGAAGUUUAAGCUACAAAGCACACGGCACAUCCAAUGACAUUUAUUGUUUCUACUGUAUUGGGUGUUCCGUCGCCCUAACAUAUACUGGACCACAUUUUAUAACGCUCCACCAAGUCAUUUUGAAUGUUAAAAAUGACAAAUAUAAAACAUUACAUCACAAAAUAUAAGGUUAUCCAACGCCAUGUUUUCCUUUUCAUUUGGUAAGGAAACAUCUCUUUUACAGCUUGAAAAAUAACUAACUAAAGGUUUAGAAGCUUGAAUUCCUUCCUAAUUCCAGUUCCGUUAUUUGACUCGAUAUUCAGUUUACAUUUAUAAAUUCAACACAACUUGGUUAAAGGAAUUUUAACAUGACACUUUGACUUGUAUCCAGUUAUUAAUGUUUUCUGAAAAAUGUAAACAAAGGUUUGUGAUUUGAAAUGAUUGUCAAUUUUAGUCGAUGUCUGCUUCUAUUGAUAGUAGUCUAAUAUACUGUAGAUAUCAUGGUGGUUGAUAAUGAAUUCAUGAGACCCCAGUGUUUUCAGUGGUGGCCUUUAAAACUAAAACAAGCUCAAUCACACAAGAGCAUCAUUUUUAGAGAAUCAGUCACAUGUCAAAGCCAAAUGAUCAAUCACCUGUUCAUUUCUAAACAGUGUUUAGAACUAUUGUGAUUUAGCCCACUUGACAUUGGCAAGUUUUUAGCAGUUGUAAUUAUCAUAAAAUUGAGUUCAUGGUGACAGUGAGGUGGGUGUGGUGCGGUGGGUCAGACAUGUAUGACAUUAUGUGACAAUCUUUUGUGAAUCCUUUUGUAAGUGGUUGUUUUCUAGCAGCAAAAGUGUGUGUACAGUGUGAAAGGGAAGCUGAGUGAAUACAACUACUUAUUUUAUAAGAAGUCUUUCAUUAUUUGAGUUGUCUUUGUCUCAGCUUCUGUGUCAAUAGCAUUUUCUUGGUUUAACACGUGUUCCAGAGUAAUUAUCUCUAUGAGGCUAUUCUUACAUCGAGGGCUGAGUCACUGAGCUGGUGUGUUUGCGUACGCGCAUGUGAGAGCAUUUGUGCACUCUUGAAAAUGAGAGCUGUCUAUUUUGAAGGGAAAGGAGGUCUUUUAUAUAAGGCCCUGUUUUUUUUCAUGUUUUUCAUGUUCCAAAUGGCAGGUGUCUCAUUACACUGAGCCCUCUCAGCACGCAUGUUCAAAGAUGAAUAAAUACAUCCAGUCACUGAUA